GGGCACGUUAACCACAGGACGUUUCCGUAAAAGUCACGUUUAAACUUUUAUGCUUCAGAUCACUGGUUUUCAAACCUGUCAUCAGGCCUCCAUAACAGACCAGAUUUGAAGGAUUACCUUGGAUGAGAGCAGACUUCUUAUAAUGGAUCGAUUGGGAUAUGCAAGACCUACUCAUAAUGAAGGGACAAGCUGGUCAGGGGUGACACAGAAAAAUGCUUAUGCCAGACUUGUGCAGCAGCAUCACAGUGGGCGCUUUAAGUAUUAUUUGAAUUAUAUAGCCCAAAAGCUCCAGCUUGAAGAACAAGAUCUCGGUGAUUACAAUCUAGAUAAAGAUACAGAUAUCCAAACUCCUGAAAGGGGAAGUAAUCGUGGCAACUCCUGUAGAAAACAAGAGGGAGUGACUGAAAGAAACAAUGGAAAAAAAGACGCUACAAUGUGCCAAGAUGACAAUGUUGAACUGGAGGAGGAAAAACCUGGGGUUAAUACAUCUGGGAGCAGAUUAAUAACUACUACUUUGAGUCUAGGAUCUUCAUUUAAGGGAUGUUAUCAACUAGACAGUAAAGGAGAUGUUCCACCUGGGAAAAAGUCAUCUCAAACUUGUGUGAAAGCUAACCAGAGAGAACAACUUGCCGAAGGUAUAACCAGCAAGGGCGGUGACAAGCGAGGAUUUGCCAGGAUCAGAAACCAGUCUGAGUGUGCCAGCACCCCCCCUAGCCUUGAUAGAAAGAGACAGCUUUCCGAGUCCCAAAGCGACAACAUGCAGAACACUGAAUUUCAAAUGAGCCUAACACAGGCUGGGAAUCAAAGAGGCAACAACCGCUAUGCUUCCUCCACUCCCAAUGAUAAAAAACGUGGAAAGGGAAGGAAAAGAAGUAUUUUUGAGACUUACAUGCUGAAAGAAGAUGUAGCUGCUGAAUUGAAGAGAGGUCAGCUCAUUCAGGGUUCCCUAAGGAUCAAUCCCAAGAAAUUCCAUGAAGCCUUCCUACCAUCACCGGAUGGUCUAAGGGAUAUAUUUAUCGAUGGAGUUGUUUCCCGAAACAGAGCUUUAAAUGGUGAUGUGGUCGUGGUGAAGUUACUUCCUCGAGAACAAUGGAAGGUAAUUAAGUCGGAUGCUAGCGACAGUGAUGGGGUGGCUGUGAGAUGUCAACCACAACAAUCUCCAUCUCUGCAAUGUGGGAAUGAUGAAGCUGGAAGCCCAGACGUCAUUAUAGAGGCGCAGUAUGACUCUGGCACAGAGGAAGGAAAUGCCAGUUCAUUGGCUGACUGCGUUCAAAACCGGAAUCUUACAAGCAGUAGCAAAGUAUCUACUGAACCUGAUAAAACAACUGGAGUGGAGAAGAAAGUCUCUAACAUAACUGACCCUAGACUUCUGCCUGAUAGCUGCCUUCAGAAAACAGCAAAGGUUGUUUACAUAAUUGAGAAAAAGCAUUCAAGAGCAGCCACUGGCUUCAUCAAACCACUGACUGACAAGAGCAGUGAUCUUUACAGGACUUGCGCUUUAUUUUCUCCAGUGGACCACAGACUUCCACGUGUCUGUGUGCCUCUAGCAGACUGUCCGGAGGAUUUUAUGGUCCAACCAGAUGUUUAUGCCAACACAUUGUUCAUCUGCCGUAUCACUGACUGGAGGGAAGACAGCAACUUUGCUCAGGGAAUUCUGAUGAAGAGUCUCGGACAGGCUGGUGAGAUUGAACCAGAAACGGAGGGAGUUUUAGUAGAAUAUGGAGUUGACUUCUCAGACUUUUCUAGUGAUGUUCUGCAGUGCUUGCCCCAAAACCUGCCUUGGACAAUUCCUCAAGAGGAGUACCGGAAAAGGAAAGAUUUGAGGAAUGAAUGCAUAUUCACCAUUGAUCCUGCAACAGCUAGAGAUCUGGACGAUGCUUUGUCAUGCAAGCAGCUCUCAGACGGGAACUUUGAAGUAGGAGUUCACAUAGCUGAUGUGAGCUACUUUAUUCAGGAAGGAAAUGCUCUAGACAAGAUUGCCAGUGAAAGAGCCACCAGUGUCUAUCUUGUGCAGAAGGUAAUCCCAAUGCUACCCAGGCUCUUAUGCGAGGAGCUAUGCAGUUUGAAUCCCAUGGCUGACAGGCUGACAUUUUCAGUUAUAUGGAAGAUUACUCCUCAAGGCAAGAUUCUGGAUGAGUGGUUUGGCCGUACUGUCAUCUGCUCCUGCGUGAAACUGAGUUAUGAUCAUGCACAGAACAUGAUUGAACAUCCAGACAAACAUUUUAGUGCCAGUGAGCUUCCCCCAGUAUCUUCUAAGCACACCAUCCAGGAAAUCCACCAAGCUGUGCUAAACCUUCAUCUUAUUGCUAAAAACCUGCGAGCACAACGAUUUGAUGAAGGGGCCCUGAGACUGGAUCAGCUAAAAUUAUCUUUCACUUUGGACAAGGAAAGUGGGAUGCCUCAAGGAUGUUACAUUUACCAGUACAGAGACAGCAACAAACUAGUGGAAGAGUUCAUGCUGCUUGCCAACAUGGCAGUUGCUCACCAGAUUUAUCGCACCUUUCCAGAAGAAGCUAUGCUGCGCCGUCACCCUCCACCACAGAACAAGUUGCUGAAUGACUUGAUAGAGUUUUGUGACCAAAUGGGACUUACCCUGGACUUCACAAAUUCAGGAACUUUACAUAAAAGUUUGCACCAACAAUUUGGAGCAGAUGAAUAUUCAGCAGCACGGAAAGAGGUUUUAACCAAUAUGUGCUCGAGACCCAUGCAGGUUAUCAGCAUUUUUACCCUGCUGGAAGUGGUUUUGAAGUCAGAGUCUGCUCCGCUGAAGUACACUGCAGUUCUGAAGAGACCGGAGUGA